UGUGGCCAGAAACGUGCGACCGUUUGUACGCAUGCGCAGUCUGUCAGACGCGCAGUGACGUCAUGUGUGUGUAAACAACGGUUGAGACAUUUAAAUCGUCAGCUGUCAGAAGGACGCUGAGCGACCACACUGUCGGCCGCCUCAAUCCUCGGGGCUCCUGAGCUACUAUGCAGCAUGAAUGCCCGAGGGACCUCGCCCGUGUUUCUCGGCUCUAAAAGGAGAGCCUCCCUGAGACCCACCGGCGGCACGCCGGCCCCCGAAAACUUUGCGGAGACUCUGCCGACAGAAAUGAGCGUGAAGAUCUUCGGCGAGCUGGACGCCGGCAGCCUGUGCAGCGCCUCCCGGACCUGCAAGCUGUGGCACCGCAUCAUCGCCGAGAGCGACGCGGUGUGGAGGAGGCCGUGUCUGCUGGUGGGAGCCGUCUGCCACCGGGAGGUGGACGGCGACAGGAGAGACGGCCUGUCCUGGAAGGUCACGCUGGUGAAGAACUACACUCGGAGCCGCGUGAAGCGGGACUGGCUGAGAGGUCGCUACAGCAACGUGAGGUCAGCGGAGGAGCUGACCGGCAGGAAGAUGGUGCCGCUGGACGCCGAGACCUGGGGAGAGAUCCUGCAGGCCGAGCUGGACCGAUGAUCCAUGGCCCACUUUGGGUUUUACACAGAGCACUUAUUACUGCUGGAUUUUUUUUUUUUUACUCUAAUAUAUUUUAUAAUUGUGAUUGCACAAAAAUAGUUGUACAUAUUUCUAUUUUAAUAAGGGUUUUUUACAGAAAAAAAGCAUCAAGAAAUUGACGAUUGCGAUUUUGAUCAAAUUUAAGUUUUAUUUCAUUGAUGUAAAAAUAUCUGAGGUGCAAUAAAUCACACAGUGUGGUAUCCAG